UGGUGGUUUAGAAGCGCGAGUUAUGGAAGUUAUGAGCUCAAAAAUCGACGAGCCAGUGAUCAAACGUUUGAGAAAUGAGGAUGAUCGCACGGAGAUCGCACGUGAGGAAGACGAUGCGACAAAAGAAAUCUCUUUCAAGCAAACGCAAGAGCAAAAGGAUAAUAAACUCCUCACAGACAGUGAUGACGAGGCGUCAGCAGUCAUCGAUAGCGACGACGAGUCAUUUACAUUUCCACCCGACGAGGACAUCUCUGGCAUGCUGGACGGAGUCCAGUACAACGGUCAUUUCCCCACUGUUACUGAUCGUUACUUUGUUCCCUAUUACAAAAUGAACGUGCAGUUACCUGGCGAUGAUAUAUGCAUACGAGUACACAGCAAUCGGAUCUGUAUGCUGUCACUGGCACCCAGUCACGUAAUCUUGCAGGGUGACAAGGAGAUAAAGAAAGUCGACUUUAAGGUCAGUGACAAAAUAGACAGGUCCCUGAACAAGGUCUCGGGAAAGGGUAAACAUGGUGCGCAACCACUGCAAACUAACUCGAAUAUCUGUACUAUAUCCUGUUUUGACGGACAAACGUACGUCAUUAAAUGCUGCAUGAUCGGCAAAUUGGUCGAGGUCAACGAGAUGUUGCUGGAAAAGCCGCAACUUCUCAGAGAGCCACCGCACAGGGGUGGAUACUUGGCUAUAAUACUACCGAACAUAAAGCUCCUGGAGAGUCUGAAGCAGUCUCUGCUGACUCACGAGCAGUACACUGAACGCGUAAAGGAACGAGAGACGGAGCACGAACGUGCGGAAUGAGAAUAUUUGCAUUUCACACACUGUAACGACCUGCUCUAAAUAAUUUUUCUGGUUUUUAUUUUUCAAGAUUUUAAUAGUUAUAAUUUGUGCAAAAAUUGUAUAAGAAAAUAAAUCGUACAUGACUGUGACCCUUUU